AUGGCUGUACUCGACCCCAGAGCCUCUAGCACCACCACCACCAUCACAGCUACCCCCACUGCCACCACAAGCACCAAGACCACGGGGACUUCUAUCGCCCCCAGCGGGUAUAUUGGAAUCGGCAUUGGGGCUGCGAUUGUCUUGUUCGUCUUCGUUCUUUUCAUCAGAUCAAAGAUCAAAGAAAGAAAGAAAAAGAAGGACAGAGAGACGGCGGAAGAGGUCAUCCCCCUCUACGAUCUUGGGACGGCGUUUGAUCCGCAAGCCACCUUGAACUGGCAGUGGAUGCGGAGUAGAGCUGCUGGCAAAAACAGCCCACUUCCGAUCAUAGUAGAGCCGGCCAACGAGGCUGAUAUCCCGGCCCUGUCUCUGCAGGCCCGCUCCGUUGGGUUGUCUCCCUCCCCCCCACCCCCUCCUUCUUCCAACUCGCCUGCCAGCUCACCCGCCGCUUCCUCGGACUUGUUAACCGUUGAGUGGCGGUAUCAACUGCCCGCACGCUCGCCCUCCCCUCUGUCUGCCCUCCCUCCCGCCGGUCUUGCCGUCUACCCCGGUCGUCCUAGCCCUCCCCCACCCCCUCCCCCUUUCGGUUCUUCGUCUCACUCCCUGCCCACUAAUUUCCAUAACGCUCUUGAUGACGCCCAUAAAUCUGGCCGUAUUGUCCGGAGAAUUGGGCGCUGGGUCAAGACCCAGUUUGGAUGGGAGUAA